UCCACCUUUUCGGAUCACUCACACAACUUCCAACGAUCACACACAAAUGGCGAUGACGUCAGCAGCUACCGGAUUUAUUCUCACGGCCAACGUCCCGGCGGCAAUAGGCGGUGGUUCUUCAAAGAGCACCACCAUUGUGUCUUUCUUGCCGAUGAGAAGCUUCGGUUCAAGGCUAGUAGUCAGAGCGGCGGAAGAUACACCUCCGGCAACCGCCUCGUCGGAUAGUUCUUCCACCACCGCUGCUGCUGCUCCGGCGAAAGUUCCGGCCGCUAAGGCUAAACCUCCUCCAAUUGGCCCAAAGAGAGGAUCCAAGGUCAAGAUUCUAAGGAAAGAAUCAUACUGGUACAAGAACGUUGGAUCAGUUGUGGCCGUUGAUCAGGACCCGAAGACCCGAUAUCCGGUUGUGGUCCGGUUCGCCAAGGUGAAUUACGCGAAUAUAUCGACCAACAACUACGCAUUGGACGAGGUGGAAGAAGUAAAAUGAGAGACAUGGUUUAUCUCUAAACCGGUUCGUCUGUUUGUAAUCUUAAACAAAACCGUAUGUACCAAAAAGUUAACCAACAAUUCAUCUUUUAUCUUUUACAAUCUCAAGAUCGAUUUCCAAAUA